AUGAGGACAAACGUAUGGAUUUACCAAGCUGUGGUGUGUGCUGUGGUCACUAUAAUAAAUACAGGCUUUUGUAGGACUCAUCAGUCGUUACAGAAGUAUGAAAAGAGUGAAAGUCACAUGCUGGUUUGCACAGACUGUCCUCAGCCCCCUUUGGUACGGAACGGCCGAUCUCAGGAGCAAUGCGCCAGGAAGUGCAAGAAGGUCAAGAAAAACUUCAACUGCAGGGCUUUCAACUUUCAAAGGCACGACAGGAAAUGCCACUUGCUUCCCUUUGACCGCUUCACCCACGGUGUGCAGAAGCAGGCCAACGUCAACUUCACUUUGUAUGAAAAAAAAGAUUAUAUAAGGGAGUGUAUCACCGGCACCAAGGACAACUACAGAGGGAGGAGGUCUUGGACGAAGUCAAACAUCACUUGCCAAGCUUGGUCAGAUAAUAACAUCAAUGAACACACGUUUUAUCCUGAUAGGUACCCAACGCAAGACCUGAGGGAGAACUUCUGUCGGAAUCCCAACAACGAUCCUGGUGGUCCCUGGUGCUACACCACAGACCCCAACGUACGAGCCGAGGAGUGUGGCAUACCUCAGUGUUCAAAGGAAGUCUGUAUGACGUGUAAUGGGGAAGAUUACCGGGGCAAACUUGACCAUACAGAGAGUGGCAAAGAGUGCCAGAGGUGGGACUCAACAAGGCAUAACAAACACCACUUCCAGCCCAAAAAGUAUCGGCACAAAGAUUUAAGGGACAACUACUGUCGUAACCCAGAUAAUCGUCUUCGUCCCUGGUGCUACACCAUGGACCCCAAAACUCUGUGGGAGUAUUGCAACAUCACUGUGUGUGAUUCUGACUCAAGCGAGGACACCGAGGUCAAUGUAACAACAUCCUGUGUCCAGGGAAAGGGCACAGAUUACCGAGGCACAAUGAAUGUCACUCCAGAGGGUGUGACGUGCCAGCGAUGGGACUCCCAGUCGCCCCAUAACCACUCCUUUCUUCCUCAGAACUUCAAAUGCAAAGACCUCAGAGAGAACUACUGCCGUAACCCUGAUGGUGCGGAUUACCCAUGGUGCUUCACUACAGACCCUAAUCAAAGGAUAGCCAACUGCACUCACAUCCCCAGGUGUGAUGCUGAGGCCACAGAAAAAAUGGAGUGUUAUGAAGACAACAUAGAGACAUAUCGGGGCACUUUAUCCACAACUCGAUCCGGUAUUCCCUGCGCAGACUGGUCACAUCACAUAAACAGUGGGGAUUCUCACUCUACAGAAUCCCAUGUGGGGCUGGAGAAGAACUAUUGCCGGAACCCGGACCGGGACAAACAUGGCCCCUGGUGUUACACCAAUCCAAAUAACCGUUUGGCCUGGGACUACUGCAAACUGAAGCACUGUGAAUCAGCUACAGUGGCUCCUCAACCGAACACUUUAACUGGGCCCAAGAUAUCAUGCUUUGUGCAUAUAAGUACCAGAAUCGUAGGAGGACACCAAGUGCGAGGUACAGAUGGCAGCUGGGUUGUCAGCAUCCAAAAAGAGAAGGUUCAUUUGUGCGGGGGCUCGUUGAUCCGAGAAGACUGGAUUUUGACAGACCAACAGUGCUUCACCUCCUGCGUUCCAGAUCUCAAGGAUUACAGUGUGCAGGUUGGUCUACGGCACCUCAAUGAAUCCUCAAAUCACCCGAGACUACGCAUCUCUCGCCUGAUCUGUGGCCCAGAAGGAUCCAACCUUGUUAUGCUGAAACUAGAAGAUCCUGCCCCUGUGUCUGAAGGUGCCUCCACUAUUCAUCUUCCAGUAAAAGAGUGUCACAUCACCGAGGGCACCAACUGCACCAUGUAUGGAUGGGGGGAAACCAAAAACACAGGAUACGAUGAGGCACUCAACGCUUUGACCAUGCCCAUGGUCAACAAUGACAUGUGCUCACAAAUCAAAGGGGACGCCGGGGAAAGCAGAAUAUGUGCCGGCGGCAAGAGAGGAGAAGGCGUGUGUGAUAAAGACAAUGGUGGUCCUUUGGUUUGCCAGGAACAUGAGCGCAAAGUCAUCGUCGGCGUGAGCAUCCAAAGGACAAAAUGUGCGUCAUCACAGCCUGCACUUUUUGUUAACGUUGCCUUCUACUCUGAGUGGAUAUACAAAGUGUUCAAACUCUACCCCAGUUUGGAGAGGUACUGA